UUCCACAUUUGUCACAAGCAAAAUCAAACAGAGCUUGAGAAUAGCAGAUCAAGAGAUGGCAGGAUUGAACGAGAAGCUUGUGGUUGUGGGGGUCUUCUUGGCCAUGGCCAUUGUAGGGUCAGAGACCUUAGUGGCAAGUGGUGAAGGUGUUUUGUGUGGGAUGAGUACACAAGGGCUGAUGGACUGCCGCCCGUCAGUGAGUGGCCAGCAGCCUCAGGUGCCGCCCACCUCUGACUGCUGCUCCGCUCUCUCCGGCGCCGACCUUAAGUGCCUCUGCCGUCUCAAAAACUCAAAGACUCUCCUAACUUUCUAUAACAUUGAUCCUAAGCAAGCCACGGCUCUCCCUGCUCAGUGCAAGGUUGUGGACCCCGUUUGGCAUUGCUGAUGAGAGAUGAGCCAGAUGCAUGUGAGGCUCUUGAAUAUAUAUUGCUUUCCUGGUUCAUGGUUUGGAUUGGAUCUGUUUGGUUUUGAUUUUCCAAACUCAGCAACUGCAUAACUUUAGUUAAUUAAUAAAAAUAAUAAAUCUAUUACUACUUGGUAAUCCUUUUUAUGGAGUACUCAUGGUCCUUUAAUUUCUAUAUCAAGCGUUAGUUGUUUCCCUUCAAUACAAUUUUCUCGUGAAUUUGGUA